AUGCACUACGCGUGCCUUUCUGUGUCUGCCCUUGCUUGCCUUCUUUGCACACAAAAGCAUCUUGCCCAACACCGUGGCAAGGGCGCCCAUACGCUCGGCACCCUAAGCCGCUCGCCCAUCCUCAGUGGCAUGAUCCUCUUGACCAACAAGCUCCCUUCUAGGCUUGCCCAAGCUGCUCGGACCACCCAAGCCAUCCUCUGCAUGGACAACAGGCAGCUGCAGCUGGGUUGCGCGCCUCUUCUAGCCUGCCUCACUCCUUGCCUCACCAAAUGGGCGCCCAAUCCCUUGGCUGCCUCGCCCAAUAGCGAGUCCUGCGAGCCCCUUACUUUGAUUGUGUCAUUCGAUUUGGGUGAAGAGGUAUUUCAUGAGAUUGUGCUUCCUGAGGCUUUGGCUGGUGAGAUUGCGACAAACUUGUCUACUUCUGUAUUUAGGGAGUCCCUUGCUGUGAUCAAGUAUGAUAAGGAAAUAGGAACUACGUCAUGUUGUGUGUGGGUUAUGAAAGAGUAUGGAGUUGCAGAUUCAUGGACUAAAUUAUUUAGCAUUCAUCUAGUGGGAACAUUGGAGAAAAUAAUAGGAUUUAGGAAGAAUGGUGAAGUUUUGUUGUCAUCGAGGAGCUGCAAGCUGGUUGCUUAUGACCCCAAGAUGGGACUGAUCAAGGACCUUGAAAUCCUUGGUGACACGCGCUCCUUUCAUGUUGAUACAUACAUGGAAACCCUGGUUUUAUUAGGGAAAUCAAAGCGUUAGUUCAGUUCCGGUACUCUCGGGUAAGUAGCUCUACGAAAGAGUGCUCGGUUGGUUCUCACUUGGAAGGCAGCUCGUAGAAACAAAACAGUUUUAGGUUUGCCGGUCCUUUAUUCAAUGAGUCGGCUCUCUAUGGUCUAAAAUAGGCUCCUCGUGCUUGGUUUGAGAAGUUCAGCACCACACGACCCGCAUCCCUUCACCCAGUUCCGAACCAGUACGAGCACCAGAUAAAGCGCAAGCGGGGUCUGGAAUAACUAUAUAGUUGGGGCACCGAAUAUGCCUUAUUUGUCUUAGUCCUAUAAUGGGUCUAUCUCUGAGGCCAGAGGUCUACUACAGAGUACCGUUUCAUUAUCCGACACAAAGCAGUCUCGCAUAAAAAGUCGGUCCCCUCCUGAUCAAGUUGGGUGUGAAGGUGAGCUCCUAAGUCGGUCAUUCCUUGCUUAAGUGAGGCUGGUUUAGUUCAAGGCCCCUGAGAGGGGUAACUGAAUUCUUGCGAUGCUCAUAGUGGCCAGAGAAGACAAGCGAAUGUAGUUGAAGAGGUAGAAUGUUAGUGAUAUUAAAUAGCAAUUUGCAAAAAAAAGGCAAAAUAGAUCAUUCCAGUUACAUAAUUUAGAUC